GGGUGCUGUGGUUUGUUGAUCAGAUUUCUUGCUACUUUUGUGACGGACCGGAUUUCGACCGAUUCCAGGGUAAAAACUCCACGAAACAUCAAAAGCAAGCUGCCGAUGUUUGACUUCUUUGUGUAGUGUGUGCUAUGCGUUAAUGAGCUUCAUCUAUCCUGAUGAAUUUCUCGCAAAAGACGAGUUUAGGGACUCCGCUAGCACGAGCCGGCAUCCUAUCCAGAGUUAGUUUUUGGUGGCUGAAUGACUUGUUUCGUAAAGGCUAUGACAGACGCCUUGAGCCUGAUGACUUGUAUGAGGUACUCGCUGAAGACUCCACAAAUGCUCUGGUGGACCGGCUAGAGUGUGAAUGGCAAAAGGAAAUCCAUGGGACCAAGAAUAAAAACAAAUCACCCAAAUUAUGGAGAGCUGUUACACGCAUGUUCAUGACAGACAUCUUGUGGACUGGGUUCAGUGGUGUUGUGAUGGAAGGUGCCAAGAUGGGCCAGGCAUUACUACUUCUCCUCCUGAUUUCAUAUUUUAAUCCAGCAUCUCAGCUUUCUGAACUCUAUGGGUACCUGAGUGCGGGGGCCUUGAGUCUCCUGGUUUUCUUGUCCAUCUUAUUUCACCAGAACUAUUACUAUGGUGCUCGAAAAGCUGGGAUGCAGCUUAGGGUUGCAGUUACUGGAUCUAUUUACAAAAAGGUUCUGAGGCUCAGCAAGAUGUCCCAAGAUGCAUCGCAGACAGGGCAUAUUAUGAAUCUUAUAUCAACCGAUGCACAGAAACUUGAUGAGUUUCUCCUUAUGGCGCACUUCAUGUGGAUCGGGCCCCUUCACCUCGCCGUGGCGACGUCUCUCAUCUGGAUGGAGCUUGGUCCGUCCUGUUUGGUGGGGAUCACACUCGGUCUUCUAAUUAUACCUUACCAGAGCUGGAUUGGCAAGGUCUUUGGCAAACUUAGACAGAAAACAGCUGUACUGUCAGAUGAGCGCUGCAAGCUGAUGAACGAGAUAAUCAGUGGAAUAGGUGUGAUUAAAAUGUAUACCUGGGAACUGCCUUACACAGCAUUUGUCAACAAAAUACGAAGUAAAGAGAUAUCCAAAGUGCGCCAAACGUCGUGUAUCAAGGCGGUGGACCGAGCAUUCGACUAUGCGUCUCCCGGAUUGAUGGGCUUCCUGUUGUUUGUGACGUAUUCUCUUACCGGAAAUACCCUUUCUGCAGCGGUGGUGUUCAGCUCGCUUGCGCUGCUGCACCAGGUGCAGGUGAACAUGGCGAGACACUUCCCUUUUGCCGUGCACAACCUCUUCUCAUCCAAGGUGACCCUCCGGCGCUUUCAGGAAUUUCUCGAGCUGAAUGAGCUCCAGUACGACCGUAUGACGCGGCUUAACCCACAAGGAGGUGAAAUGGGCGUGGCCGCAUCUGCCAUCAGUGCCUCAUGGGAUCCGUCGAACCGGACCGGGACACUUGACAAUAUCAGCUUCGAAAUCGGCAAGGGGGAUUUAUUGGUUGUUGUCGGAGCUGUUGGUUCGGGAAAGUCCUCCCUGUUGAUGGCGGUACUUGGCGAACUCCCGCUCACCCGAGGAGACAUCAAGACCCGCGGAACAAUCGGGUACGCCUCGCAGACGGCCUGGGUUUUCUCGGGAACCGUCAGGCAGAACGUGAUGUUCGGCCAGGAAUACAACGAUUCUCGUUACGACAAGGUCAUCCGCGCAUGCGCAUUAGAUAGGGACAUCGAGUUAAUGCCUGAAGGCGACCACACUCUGGUUGGAGAAAAAGGACUCGCCCUGAGCGGAGGUCAAAAGGCCAGAGUCAAUUUAGCGAGGGCUGUGUAUUACAACGCCGACGUGUACCUUCUAGACGACCCUUUAAGCUCUGUCGACACACAUGUGGGACGACACUUGUUCGACGCGUGUAUCUGUGGCUUGAUCAAAGAUUGUCCUCGGAUACUGGUGACGCAUCAGCUGCAGUAUCUGCACUCAGCUACGGAGAUACUUUGUCUAAAAGAGGGACGAGUUCUUGGCAUAGGAACAUACACAGAGCUGACAACUUCCGGUAUCGACUUCACCACCCUGAUCAAGACUAAACCGGAAGCGGAAGAGACGGAUGCGGAUAGUGCGAUAGGGGAGGAUACCAAUGACUCGCUCCUUGUCCCGGAAGUGACGUUGGAGGUACCCGAAACUAAGGCUAUUUACCGGAGAAGUUUGUCUGCGUCUACAGCUGAAAUUGCGCCUGAUAACGGAAUUGCACCCGAAAUGACUGAUGAGUUGGAGCCUGAGGAGAGACCACGUGGAAGCAUUCCCGUCAAGCUUUACCUCGACCUGUUCUACGCAGGCGCAAACUGCUGCACCCUCGUUUUCAUGUCCGUCCUCUUCUUCGCCGCGCAGGGAUCCUACACGAUCACGGACUGGUGGCUAGCACACUGGUCGGACAUUGACUACAAGCAAAACCUGCUUAACGAGACCAGCGGGAUCGUCACCCAGUCUCCGUACGACCGGCGUUACUACAUAGCUGUGUAUGGCGGGCUAGUGCUUCUCACGUUUCUUUUAUCGUUUAUCCGAUCGUUUCUUUUCUUCUACGUCAAGGUCGCUGCUUCCAAGGCUUUGCACAACAAGAUGUUUUGCGCUGUGAUAAGAGCACCCAUGUACUUUUUCGACACCAACCCCGCAGGGCGAAUAAUCAACAGAUUUUCUAAAGACAUCGGUUUUAUGGAUGAUCUCCUUCCAGAAACAUUCUACGAGUUCAUUAGCCUUGCAAUCCUGUGCUUUGCCGUCGUGGUUGUUAAUGUUGCCACGAUGCCUUGGGUUAUCAUAGGAAUACUUCCUUUGGCUGUCGCCUUUCUCUUCUUGCGAUCCUAUUACCUGAAGACCGGCAGAGAGGUCAAGCGUCUAGAGGCAAUAGGCCGCACUCCGAUCUUCAAUCACUUUUCAUCCACCCUGGAAGGUCUCGCUACCAUCCGGUCCCUGUCCAGUCAGACCCAGGUCACGGCGGAGUUGGCCGCGUGCCAGGAUCACCACUCAGAGGCCUGGUUCCUAUUCAUCGCCACAUCCCGUUGGUUAGCUAUUCGGCUGGAAAUGCUUUGUUUAUUGUUCGUUACCAUGGCAGCCUUCACCCCGCUUUUCCUCUCUCGGAACCACGAUAUCGAUGCCGGGGUUGUCGGUCUGACGUUGUCGUACGCCGUCAUGCUGACGGGAAUGUUUCAGUGGUGUGUGCGCAUGAGCGCUGAGGUCGAGAAUCAGAUGACCGCUGUUGAACGCGUGGUGGAUUACAGCAAAGUUGAGCCCGAGGGGGAGUGGCACAAGGAGUGUUCUGAUGUCCCCCCUAUCUGGCCUGUCCACGGGUUGAUCACUGCAGAGAGCCUGUCACUACAAUACCAUGCCACCCUCCCACGGGUGCUGAAGAAUAUGUGCUUCUGCGUACGACCCAAAGAAAAGGUUGGGAUUGUUGGUCGCACAGGUACAGGAAAGUCUUCUCUCCUCGCCGCCCUCAUACGAUUGGUCGAGCCCAAGGGAAUCAUGCGAAUAGACGGGGUGGAUAUCACUGAUAUUGGACUUCAUGACUUGCGCAGUAAAGUCUCUGUCAUUCCGCAAGACCCUGUACUGUUCAGCGGUUCACUGCGGCAUAAUCUCGACCCAGUCUCCCAGUACGAGGACAAGGAACUAUGGACAGCGCUCAAAGAGGUGCAGCUGGGUGAUGCAGUGUUGGAGUUCCCGGAUGGAUUGGACACCAAAGUAACCGAAUCCGGCAACAACUUUAGUGUUGGCCAGCGGCAACUGAUAUGUUUAGCACGCGCGCUGCUUCGUCGCAAUGUUAUCCUUAUAAUAGACGAAGCUACUGCACAUGUUGAUCAGAGAACGGACGCCCUGAUCCAAAAAACUAUACGAAGCAAGUUCAAAGAUUGCACUGUACUAACGAUAGCUCAUCGACUCAACACCAUCAUGGAUAUGGACAGAGUCAUGGUCCUAGACAAUGGCAAACUGGUAGAGUUCGAAGAGCCCUUUGUCAUGCUCCUAAAUCCAGAAAGCGUGUUUUCUAAACUUGUGGCAGAGACAGGCCCCGAUAACGCUGACAAGCUUACAGAGAUGGCAAAGGACGCCUUCAACAGACUGCAUGAGCCCGAGCCUUUAGAGAGCAUCCCCGAACAUCUGAAGUGCAAUCUAAAGUCAUACCUUCCUUCCAGCGGAGUCUCGUCACUGCAGAUUGAGUCCUCCAUAUAAGAAAAUGGGUCGCAGCUCAAGCCAUCACAAUGAGAAGGAACGUUUAAUCGCAAUACAUGCCAUUAGCUUGGGAAGGAAGGAACAUUAAGUUUCAUUUUACCCCAUUAGGAGAAGGAAGGAUCGUAGAGUCGCACUUCAUCCAAUUAGGAGAAGGAAGGAUCGUUGAGUCGCACAUCACCCCAUUAGAAGAAGGAAGGAUCGUUGUGUCCCACUUCAUCCAAUUAGGAGAAGGAAGGAUCGUAGAGUCGCAUUUCAUCCAAUUAGGAGAAGGAAGGAUCGUUGAGUCGUACUUCAUGCCAUGUGGAGAAGGAAGGGUCGUUGAGUCGCACUUCACCCCAUUAGGAGAAGGAAGGAUCGUGGAGUCGCACUUCACCCCAUUAUAAGGGAGGAUCGUUGAGUCGCACUUCAUCCCAUUAGAAGAAAGGAUCGUUGAGUCGCACUUCAUGCCAUUAGGAGAAGGAGGGAUCGUUGAGUCACACUUCAUGCCAUUAGAAUUAAGGAUCGUAGAGUCGCACUUCGUGUCAUUAGAAGGAAAAAACGUUAAGUCUCACCAUAUGCCAUUACCAGAAGGAAGCAACGUUAAGUCGUACCAUAUGCCAUUAGCAGAAGGAAGGCGCAAAAUAUGCCAUUAAGCGUGGGAAAAAGAAACGUUUAGUCUCAAGCGUUUCAGAAACUUUCCAUAAGGACAGACGUAAUCUGCACAAAGUGCUUUGUGCAACUGAAAAAGAAAACUGUUGGUAAUUUUUAUAAGCGACUGUGAAACCUGUAGUCACUUUGUGACAGUCGUUUUAGAAGUUUGUAAGCAAAUUUGAUGGGUGCAUGGAUAGGAAACAAAAAUAUAUAAUGUAUUUUUUCUAGGAUUUUUUAACAAUCUUUAAACAAAUGAUGAAUAAUGAAUAUAUAAAUG